CAUUUUGAACAUGAAGAAGAUCCUUGGAGGAAAACGCAUAUUCAACUAAGACUGUAACCUAUAUACUAACUGCUGUACAAUGGAUACCGAUACACUAAAGCAACUAGUACUCAACGCUUCACAUCUACAUGUGUUCGGGUAUGGUUCCUUAUUGUGGAAAACAGACUUUAAAUACGAUUCCAAACAAGUUGGGUUUAUUAAGAAUUAUGUACGAAGAUUUGAUUUGGGAAAUUCAACACACAGAGGCACAGAGAAAGUGCCUGGACGAGUGGCUCAUAUAGAAGAAAGUCAAGGGAGUAAAGCAUGGGGAGUGGCCUUUAAAAUUUCUGGAAAAGCAGACAUUAUGAAAGCUUUAAGUUACCUGAACAAUCGAGAAUGUGAGUUAGGGGGGUACACGACCCUAGUGACAGAAUUCCAUCCCAGAGAACAACCCAGCCAAACUAUCACCGUCUUGUGCUACACUGCUACUCAAAAUAACAAAUUUUAUCUGGGACCAACGAGUUACAAAAAUAUGGCAAAACAGGUUGUGUCUGCUCGAGGAAAAGCGGGAACGAAUGUGGAAUACGUCACAAAAAUUGCGGACUAUGUCAAAUUUUACAUUCCAGAAGAUCAGGAUGAACAUUUGUUUGAAUUAGACUACGAAAUCAGAUUUUUAGUGAAACAAAAACGAUUAUCGGCGAAUAAUAAGUUGAUAGAAGACCAUGAACUUCAUAUUCAGACUCUGAUGGAACCAGUCCAAGCUUCAUGAAGUAUGACCGGAAGUGAGUUCGAUAUACGAUGUAUUGAACACAUCCUGCAUUAAUUUCAAAGCUAUUCGAUUAAGUAGAGCAGUUACUGCUUGAGGUGAUGGAAACGCGAGUUAGCUAAAGCGAUAACAGACAAGUUAACAGCACUUCAAGACAGGCAUAUGGCACCGACAUUUUUUGGAGAAGGCGAAACCUUUGACAUUCGAAAAGAUUCCAGGAUGUUGUGAUUGCCUUUGAAAAUCAUUCGGUUACAGGGUCUGCAUCUAAUAUCAAAAAGAGCCAACAAUCAAAUCAUACAGAUAAUGUGAACCAAGUAUUAUAACAAAGAUCAUCUUGAGCUAGACAACCGAUUUACAAAAGCUCACACCAAAAAUUUAGUCUUCCCGACGUGUUCACUCGUAAAAAGGGUAACAUAAAGAUCUGAAUAUAUGCAAUUUAUUAUUUUUAUGUUUCUGUUUUACAAAUAAGUAUUUAUUAUUGAUGUUAUUGACCAUUGUCUUUCUUGAGAUGUCUAUGGCCGAUUUAAUUAUAAAACUUACUGAAUGCCAAAUAAAUACAUUUCCAUUACGAA